CACACACACACACACACAUACACACACACACACAUACACACACUACUCUCUCUCUCUCUCUCUUUCUGUCUGUCUUUCUUUCUAUCUCUCAGUCAGUAAUAAUGGAGCCCAGCAGUCCGAAGAAGAUCCAGUUUGCUGUGCCUCCGCUGCAGGGACAGCUGGACCCCCAGGCCGCCGAACAUAUCCGCCGCAGAAGGCCGACUCCUGCCACUCUGCAGAUCUACAGACAACCUGGCCCAGAUGCUGGAGAACAACACAACGCCAGCGGAGAGUCGCAGGCUUCAGAUUCCUCUCAGAGGAAGCAGAGCACCUACGCCCCGCCCACCAUGAAAGGCAAACUGGAAAGUUCUGUACCUGAGGAGGACGAGGAGGAAGCCAUGCCUCAGGCUGACUGAUCCAGGAGAGAAGUCUCAGCACACAAGGGGGCAACCAUUUUAUCUCUGCUAUUCUGGACAAACCGACAGACGGACUCAGGCGUCCGUCUCAAGUGUAGCACCUACAUGACAGGACAUUGAUUUGAGUGGGAGAGUUGACCUCUGAGCAGUUAACAUAAGAAACGUGUUAAACCAGCUUCCUUUACUCUUUAACAAACUGGUCUGGAAACAGCCAACAGAGCCAACUCGCCUCACUUAGCACAUUCACCACAAUAUGACGUCACACAAACUGCCACAGAAUCGACUGUUAUUGUUUAACUCUAAUUUUAAAAUCAGAACUUACCUUUAUUUUCCCUGUUUCAGUUCGUGAAUAGGGUGGAAAUGUGAUUAUUCCUUUAACAGAAGCAGCAAACUGAUAUUCUUCCUUUAACAGAAGCAGCAAACUGAUAUUCUUCCUUUAACAGAAGCAACAAACUGAGAUUCUUCCUUUAACAGAAGCAGCAAACUGAUAUUCUUCCUUUAACAGAAGCAACAAACUGAGAUUCUUCCUUUAACAGAAGCAGCAAAUGGAGAACCAAUAACAAUAACAAUAAAUGCCAUUACAACAGUUAACCUCAAACAGCUGACAUUUAAAAACUUUUGGUGGGGAACUUGUAACUUGUUUUAAUGCAAACAAAAAACUAAAUAACAUUUUUUUCAUUUCAAAAUUUACACAGUCCAAAUUUAUUCAAAAGGAAGUAAUGGAUAAAAGCAACAACUUAGAGGAGCUAUUCAUAAGUUUUGCUAUUGCUACAUAGCCAAUGCUAGCAUUAAGAGCUGUUCACUUACCAGUCUAGAAGAAAUGUUGUGAGUUCAGCAUCAAACUUCAAUCCUUUACUCACCAAGAGCUGUCUCCAGAGUUGGAAAGCAAUCCUUUUUUUUUUUUUUUUAAACUUCUUAUUUUCUUCUACUGAACUUAGCAUGGUCACCAGCCCGGUUGGACUGUCUUGUCAUUUUCCGAUACCGAGUCACUGUGACAUCCAGUCGUAGCACUGCUCAGAGGACGUAUCAUAACCUCAUGUCUUGUAAACAUAACAAUGGUUAAAGCUCUUGGCAAGACUGGCAAGCAAACAGCUGUUAAAUGCUAACAUAGGUUAUGUAGCAUUAGCGAAACUUACACGUAGCUCCUUUAAGCUAAAUAAUUUGCUGUAGAUAAAGACACUUCUUUGACCCGCAAUAAAGCAUCAGUUUACUAAUAAAAAACACUAGAAAUCUUGAUGACAGUUUAAAAUAUAUAAAACAAGGUAGUGCUACAACUGUCGAUUACUUUCACAAUCCAUUGAGCUGCCAAUAAUUUUUUCAUUUUAUUGAUUAACUGUUUAGUCUAUGAAACUUCAAAAAAUGGUGGAAAAAUCACAACUUCCCCAGAACCCAAGGUGAAGUCUUUAAAUGUCUUGUUUUAGUCCAAACCGCAUAGAUAUUCAGUUUGAAAUGACGUAUGACAGAGAAAAGCAGCAAAUCGUCUCAUUUGAGAAACUGGAGCCAACAGGAUGUUUGGCAUUUUUUUUUUCAAUGUUUUUGCUCGAAAACGACUAAAACGAUUGACUAUCCUUCUGUCAAUCGAUUGAUUGACCAGCUCUAAACUUACUUAACCUCUUUAAGUACCUGUUGUUUCCUGAUUACUAAAUAAUGACAGGCUGGUUUGGUACUAGUCCUGAUCUUAGCUAUGCUACGUGGUAGAUUAUAUCUGGGUUAUUAACCGCCUUAAGUCUUUUAAAAAAAUGUCAGCUGUGUGAUCAGAAAUGUACGGAAGCCGAGAAAGGCCGUACUCGCACAUAACGGAAUAAUUAUCUCGUUGUCUCGAGAAAACAAAGCUCCGUUAUCUUGAGGUAACGAUAUUAAAAAAUAUUUGCGAUUACGGCCUUUCUCGGCUACCGUAGGAAUUUGCAGGUUCCUGAAACAACACCUGUAAAUUACCCGUAGCCGAAUUAAUAAAACACAAAUGUAACGCAAUAAAUAAUACCUGUAGCUUUUAGCACUGUACUGAUGUUUUCAGAGCAGACAUUUUAACAUGAAACAGAAAAAGGUACAGGUGGAGAGUAGCCAUCAUUAACGUUAUUAAUUACACCUGUGCUUUUCCUGCUAUGACGUCAGAACGUCACAACGUUAUUAGAUUAUAAAGGAGUUCUUGUUUUUUUUUUUUCAAGCUUUUACAAAUGUCACAACUAUGCAAAAAUAUCAGUUUACGGUUGACCAGCACAGGUUUGAAAUCAGAAGACUUCAAUGUACUCUCCUUGUAAAAUGAUGGAUCAGUUGAAGAGUCUUUUUUUGUCAUUUUAUUUUGUUAAUCUGUGUAUGCAGUAUGUAUCCUUGUGACUUAUAAUAUUACUAACAGCAAUACAACGUCAGCUUUGAUUUUGUACGCAAUAAACAUUAGAAUAUGGACUAUAA